CUGAACCGGAAGCGCUCGAUAUGGUGUAUAUAUUAAAAUUGUAUUGAUUUUUACAGUUUUUGUGUUACUUACGGAUAUUAAAUGAUUUUCAAGGGUAUUAUUGUACGGGAACUAUAAACCUCAACCCAUACUUUGUCGCUUUAUCCGGCAAAUAUGACAAAAGACCGUCUACCGGCUUUGAAAGCGACACAGAGUGAUGAUGAUGACGCAGAUGAUGUACAGGUUGGGGUGGACGCCAGUGGAUUUAUGGAUGAGUUUUUUGCCCAGGUGGAAGAGAUCCGACAGAUGAUAGACAAGAUAGCUGCCAAUGUUGAAGAAGUGAAAAUGAAACAUAGCGGCAUUCUGUCUGCACCCCAAACAGACGACAAAACGAAAGAGGAACUGGAAGAGCUUAUGAAUGAUAUCAAGCGUACAGCAAAUAAAGUUCGAGCCAAGUUGAAGGUGAUUGAACAGAAUAUAGAGCAAGAAGAGCAUUCUAGUAAAUCCACUGCCGAUCUCCGAAUACGCAAAACACAGCACGCAACAUUAUCACGUAAAUUUGUCGAAGUUAUGAAUGAUUACAAUGCGUGUCAGAUAGACUACAGGGAACGAUGCAAGGGGAGAAUACAGCGUCAGUUGGAAAUAACUGGUAAAACAACAACCAAUGACGAGCUGGAAGAAAUGUUGGAGUCUGGCAACCUACAAGUGUUCACCCAGGAUAUUAUAAUGGAGACCCAACAAGCAAAGCAAACAUUAGCUGACAUCGAGGCGCGUCACGCAGAUAUCAUGAAGCUAGAAAAAAGUAUACAGGAGCUACAUGACAUGUUCAUGGACAUGGCCAUGCUGGUCGAACAACAGGGAGAGAUGAUAGACCGGAUAGAGUACAACGUGGAACAAGCGGUGGAUUACGUUGAAACAGCCAAAAUGGAUACAAAGAAAGCUGUCAAAUACCAGAGCAAGGCUCGACGGAAACUGAUAAUGAUAAUAAUUUGUGUAGCAGUUCUUAUUGCUAUAGUUGCAAUUAUAUUAUUAUCAACACUGACCUAGAUGACAACUGACCAAAGUUACAUCAAUGAAUUUACAUUCCUGCUGUCAUAGCAGCUAGACCAUGUGACUGCAAUGUGACAAUGCUUCAGCAGUGAAUAUCAUGUGAUCUAAUUUACCUGAGCGCAAAAUUUUGCUGGAAAUCUGAAAGUAUGUUGACUGAAGAUUUACGUUCAAACAGGACUCUAGGAAUAUUGGAACUCGGUAUCUGGAGUUGCAGAAAAAGAAUCAGUAGACCGGAAUACACACAUUUUGUAUUGAAUUCGAUCAUCAUGGUGUAAUUCACUAGAUUUAUAUUUUUGCUAGUAGGCCAUAUUUAUUGUUAAUGUAAUAUUUAAACAAAUGAACAUGAAGCAUGAACUCAGUUGUGUACCACAGUUCAUUGUGUUGUGUUCUUUUAAGCACAAAUCACGAAGAAGAACUUGUCAACGUUGAUUUUUUGUAGAUUUCUGACUUUUAUAGAUAUUGGCUUUCAAGUUCCAGCUUCUAAAUGAGUGUUUUUCAUCUAGACUAAGUGCUUAUGCUACCAGCUCAAUGUGCAGAAUAAUACUUGUUGAAAGAAAUAUAUCUUACUUUACGAAUAAAAUAGGAUUGAAAAUUAUAUAAAAAAUACAAGAUGAAAACUGCUUCAAAUGUUAAUGGAUUAUACAUAUUCUAUAGAAGUUUUAUACAAAUGAUUUUCAAUGUGGUUACUUUUAAUAUAGGUACCAAUGCUUUAACUAAGAUCUCUAUAACAUUUGAGAGCAUUUUUUCAUGAGCUGUUUUUUAGAAAAAAGUAUUUUUGUUUGUCAAGUUGUUUUUAUGCUAUUUAAAAUAUGGCAACAAAUUAUUUGCAAAAAUUUCCUUAAUUUAUGAUAAAAUUGUUUAGUUAGGCUCAUGAUUGUCUUAUAAUAAUAUCGCAUAAGAAUCCUGAAAAUAUCUUAUGGAAUUUUGAGUCACCUGCAUGGAGACACCUUGGGAUUACUUUGUCCUGCGGCAUCGGCAUCACACUUUGUUUCUGGUCAAUAGAUUUUGAGUCAUUUGCUGUAGAAUCAUCGAACUUGGUAUUGAUAAUGGUCAGUAAAUGAUGUCUUUCGAUAUUGGGGUCAGUAGGACAAAGGUCAAGGAUAUGAUGAUCUUUACAAGAAAAACUACCGGCAUUUUAGUUUCUGAUGAAUAACUUUGAAACAACUUGGCGGAGAGUCAUCAAACUUAUUAUGGUAUGCACAUAAGUGAUGGUCAUGAGAUACCCCUUAUGGCUUAUGGGGGUCAAAGGUCAACAGGUGAUUCAUGCGAUUCGUGGAAUUCAUGUUUUUUUUUUAGAAAUCCUUAAUUUACAGUUUUGCAAUAUUAUAAAAAUACUGAAUUGCUUUGGACAACAAUUAUAAUUACAAGAAAUAAUUUGUUUCGUUUGAUUGUUUCUUAUAUAUCUUUUGAAAUAGCUUACCUGACUGUCAUUCUUUCUUCCAUAUCCUUAUGUUUUAAGAGAUCUAUGCAAGUGUCUAUUUGUUUGUCAUUUUUUCAUGUUUAGUGUAUUUAAAAACUAUGAUUAUUAAAUAAUUUCAAUGUUUUCUAAACAACUAAAUUGUUAAUAGCACAAGCUCCUUAACUUUUUUACUUAUAUCAUUUUGAAACAUACAUUAUGCUAUACUUUAAAAGGACUCGCUUACAGAUUUAUAUCAGGAAAUACUUUUUUUUUAGCUUCGUUGAAAUUGAGUUAUUUUACUUUUAUGAACAAACACCAUCCAGCAACUGACAGAUAACCCAAUGAAGUUUUGUUAAUCUUAGCCUAAAAUUACUCAAUUUUUAUAUGUGUUACUAAUGUUUUACGACCAAAUAUAGCAUUUUCCAUGAUAUUUUCAGAUAAUUAUUUUUAAAGCUAAAAACGUUUUUUUUUCCGAAGUCUGACCCUAUAAAAUGUGAACAAGUCCCUUUAAAACUAUUGCCAAUUUGAUUUACAAUUACAAGAGCAGUAUUCCUGUCAUAACAAUUUUGGAAACAGUAGUCAGAAGUACUGGUAUGGUAAUUAUCCACUUUCACUUUGUUAAAUGGACAAGGGCUAUAGAUGCUUGUAGUGACUGCGUCAACAUUGAAACAGGAAACUUUAGCAUUGAAAUAUAAGCACAACACUGCUUAAGUAAAUGAGUAUAUUGUAUAAAAUAAGCAAAGCAUGGUAAUGAAACAAUUUUCUCUAGGAUAUUUAUAUAAAUGGUUAGGAAGAUCAGCAUUGUCAAUCUAUUAACUGACAGGUUCAUAUUUAUUGACUUGUUACAGUCAUUUUGUUUUGAAGGCAAGAAUGAUUAAUUUUGAAGUAUUGAGUUGUUUAAUCAGAACAAACAAAUAUAGAAUAAGAACUCACAUUAUUGAAUUAUUACCCGUUACUGAGUGAAUAGCAUGUUAAGAGUAUCGUAUUCUCUGUUAAAAACUAUAAUGAAAAUAGGAAAGAUUGUUGGUUUCUGUUUAUUGUAAAGAACACAAUGUGUCACAUUGCUACAGUUGUUUUUUUGUCUCAUGAAUUUGAAUAUUCAUGUAAGGUUAUGUGCAAUAAUAUGUUAUAUUUGUUUUUUAUCACUGUAAUGUUAUAAUAGCCAGAGCUGUAAAUUAGAAUGUAAAUAGCUUUAUUUAUAUUAAUUGUCAGAUGGUGAAAUGUGCUUUACUACGGAGUAAGGUUAUAAGAAUUAAUGUGCGCCAUAUUGUUCUAUGUAUGUGUUCAUUGACAGUAUCCCCCAUAACUCUUACUCAAAAAUAUGCAAUCAAAUUACAAUUUCUUUUUUAACUCUACUAUUUGCAUUGAUUUAUAUGAAUAAGAUUAUUAUAUUAUGUCAAAUUCAAAUUCAAUACACCAUUUCAAUUAGUGGAAUAUAACACAAUUCAGGCAAUGUAAAAGUCCUUUGUAAAUUUAUCUUCUAUACUUUUUAUUCUUUUUUAACAAAUCAUGUUAACAUAAUUUAUUUGACACAACUAUCAUCAUGUUUUUCGUUCAGAUUUCAACACUUUGUUCAUGGGACCAAAAUAUUUACUUUUUUAUUGAUUUGUAUUGUCAUAAAAAUUCCAUUCUCAUACAAAGAAGCAUUUUGUAAUAUACGAGUCUUUGGAUCAAUGGUAGUCUGGUUUUUAUCCAUGGCAAGCAGAAUUUGUAAAAGGUAACAAAGUUGAACUUUUUUAUUUUUCUAUUGCUAUUAGAAUCAUGUUAAAUCAAACACGAGUACUGAUAUUUUCCUAUUUAUGACUGCUUAUUUCAUCUUUCUUAAGUUUCAUAUUCAUUUAAGCUUUGUAAUCUACAAACAACUCAAGUCCUUUUAGGACAUGAAUUUUCAAUUAUUUAAGUACAAUACUUAUUACAUAAGUGAUGAAAGUGAAUGAUAUUAAAGCUGUAUCAAAUCAUGCUUAUAUUUAUUCAAAUAAAGUUUUUAUUCAUUAUCUCAUCUUUUAUUUUUUGUUCUCAACUUCUGUUAGUGCUUUAUAUUUGUUUCAGUAUUUAUGUGGUUGACAGCUUAGUGUAGCAACCAUCUAAAGAUAACUUAGUCAGGCACGGCCAGACUGCAACUCUUUCAGAAGGGGGGAUUUUGAAAUAAUUAUAAUUUGUUGUUUUUUAUGUCCAAGUUUUUGAAGGUCACAGGAAGAUGCCAACUCUACUGCAAUCCUGUAUCCGUGGACAUUUUUGUUAAUUAUCAUGACAUUAUCUUCGACCUUCUUUGCUUUGAAAUAAUGUGGUACAAGCGUUAACAGCAUUAAAACAAUUGGUCAUGUACAAGAGCCAAAAUCCUGGUGGAUAGGUCAAGGUCACUUUAAGAAAGUAUUGGUGCCAUUAUGCACAUACUUUGUGUAUAGGCUGUACUCUGUCCUGCUUACAAUUUUUUUACAGAUGUUAAUUACAUUGAGACACUAUUCCAUGUACAAGACCCAGAGAUCCUUGGUAAAAUGUCAAGGUCCCAAAUCAGUCAAAUCAAGUGUUUCUUCCACAUAGAAUAGAAUCAGUGACUUGAGCUUUUUUAUGACCAACAUAAAUUUUAAAAAUCUAAGUUAUGAGCAGAUUGUCAUGUUACUAUAGGCUUCAGAUUGGUUACUUAUGCAAUGAAAAACAUUUAAUUCAGCUUUAAUAGUAAAGAGAAGAUAAAUGUUUUGAAUAUCAAAAUUAAGUAAUAACUGUCAGACACAAUACUUACUUUUAAACUGUGGUAUGUUUUGGUAACACAAUCAUUUUUUCUUGUUUUCUAUUUUUUUCUCAUAUACAUUGGCAAGAAAUAUAAUAAUAAACCAUCGUUUUUCAGCAUUUAUAAAAGUUAUAUUGCCGAGUGUAUGUAUUGUGUUUUAGUAUGGAGACCAUAGAUGGAUGUUGAUUGUUAUAACAUGUAAUUGUAGCUUGCCUUUAGGUCAUUUUUAAAAUAUCAAUUUUUCAUUAAUAUUGCUGUUAGACUUUGAACAAGGUUAAGUGAAUGAACAUGAUUUCAUAAAUUAGAGGUGUGUGUCAUUCAUUGUUUAGCAUAUAUCUAUGUUGCCAUCAACCACUUCAUGUUUGAAUAGACGGUGAAAUAUUGGGAACUAUAUUAUAAACCAUUUCUGGCAUUCAUUUUUCUGUAAGCGUGAGUAGUUGUCUUUUUGUAUUGUUUAUUUUUGUUCAGUGUACAAGACGGGCGUGCAAUGCUGGUUCAGCAACUUACAAGGCAUUGCAGUUUUUUCACAUUAAUUAUAAUUUAUAUAUUAUAUAAUUAUUAUUAUUAUAGAUGAAUAGCAUUUUUAUAUUAACAGUUUCUUUAUCUGCAGAUGACGAUAUUAAUUGUUCUAACAAUUAAUUGUUUAUUGUUAUGUGAAUAAAGUAAAGAAAUCUAGAAAAAGUAGUAAAAAUAUAAUGGUUUAAUCAUUAUAAGCUGUCGUAAAAGAUAUAACCCGGAAUUUACUGGGUGUUCCCAUGUCGGUACAAAUAAAAUGUUCUUUUUAGGCUAUUGAAAUACAUGGAACAGGUCAAUGAUUCUUCUGAAGUACUGUAACCUGCGUCUAUUAAAACAUUUCAAUGGUGUUUAUACUGGAGGAUAAGUGUGGAAAACCAGAUUGUUUAUAAUUCCGGGUUUCAACUAUUGCAAAUUGUUUUAAUACUAAAAUUAUUUCAAUAAUUCAAAGGUUUUUGUCAUACAUUUUUGUAUUGCUUUGUAACUUACAAUGUAAAUCAUGGAUGGUUACUCAAGCAGGAAUUGAGAAUGUAAAUUUAGAAAUCACUUUCUUAUUUAAUAUUAUAACUUUUACUAGCUUGGUUGUUUAAUUAAAGGCAUACUGCAUGUGGUCGUAGCUUGACGUUGCUGGGCAAGAAGUAGCCACAAUGUUCAUAUCAAACUGUACAAGUCAAGUAUAAUACUCAUAUGUUUGUGUAGAGGGUGGUUUACUAUAGUUCACUUGUCUUUUCCUCUGAAUGCUUCUGUGUAGAAUGUGCAGCCUCAUACAGAUCGAGGUCACACUUAACUUGUAUCCAUUGUGCAUUUAUAUUGACAUUUUACUUAGAUUAUAUUGUGAUAAGAUGUGAAUUACAGUUGUACUAUUUGUUAUAUUAAACUUUAAUAGUCUGCCAGAAA